UUCUGCGCAUAAAUUAUUAUGGGAUAAACAUGGUGAUUUUUAGAAACGAAGUAUUGAGUAUUUACUUGAGUGAGAUUUCGAAGUGCAUAGGGAAGAAUUCCAACAUCGAUGUGAUAGCUGAACGAUAAUAUUAGUAACUCUUUGAACUAUUUUGUUGGAUACAAAGAUGAGUGAGCAGAUCAAGUUUAUUGUUCAAGAGCUCAACAAAGAACCAUUUAACAGGAAGUUGAAUCUAAUCAGCUUUGAUUCUCUGAAAAGUGAACAUCUGUUACAAGUUCUCAAUGAUGUAUUUGCCGAAAUUGAUUCAAGAGUGAAAGUGGAUGUCAGAGAAGAGGACCCAGAACAGUUAGCUGUGAAGAUGUUGGGAUUUCUUCGAAUUUUGAAAUAUAAACCACCUCCAGAUGUGGAUUUGAGUGAAUUUCGUCAAGGUAUUGUGUAUGGAGAGAAAGCAGUUGUACAUCAUAUUCUGGAAUGGGUUUUACGUCGCUUGGAAGAACUUAAGAAAAGGGCUUACUUGGCUCGGUAUCUUGUCAAAAUUGAUCUUGCUCCAGCUGUUGAAGGGGAUGCUGAUGUCUUAGAGUUGUAUCAACAGUAUGAGCAACUAAUUGAAGAUUUUAAAGAAGUCCAUAAACAGUAUGAAGCAUUAAAAACCAGUGGUUUCUCACCACAAGAAAUAAGGAAGGAUCUUGGACACAUGGAAGAGGAAAAAGAACAACUGACAAAGAAAAUUGAAAGAGUCAAACGAAAGGUUGAUUCACAUCCCAAUAAAAAUGAAAUGUUGGGAAUUGCUCGUAAUCUGCGUGAAGAACAUGACAGAGCAGAUUAUCUUACAAAGCAAAAGACUGAUCAGCGAAAUGCGUUAACACAUGCAGAAAAAACAAUUCAGCGUUUAAAUCAACAGGUGAAAGAAUUGCGCCAUGCAGCCCUUGGGGCAACACCUGAAGGUUUGAUACAGAAACUUGAAGAAGAGGUACGUGUUAACUCGUACUUAGUAAAAGAAAAGCUUCCUAAAGAGAUAAGUGUCCGUCAGAAAUACAUUCAUGAUCUGCAGCAUGUUGUCAAUCAGCCAGCCAUGGGUCAGUCAGAUAUAGACAAGCUAAAUGCAAAGAUAAAGAAAAUGAAUACUGAAGUUAAUCAGCUAAUUGAGAAAAAAAUGGCUAGCAGUGAACCCGUUAAUGACAAGCUUUCACUCUUCAGGCAACAAGCUGCUAUGAUUGCCCGUAAAAAGGAGACAGCCGCUGAGCAGUUGAAUGAAGUACGAACUGAACUAGCACAACUAGAAGAGGAACUGCAAGAGAAAAGAGAACAAACUAAAGGGUUUGAUGGAGAAGAAGUUCUAAAAGGAGAUGAGUUUAAAAAGUAUGUGACAAAACUAAGAAGCAAGAGUACUUUGUACAAGAAAAAGAAACUGGAACUAAGUGAUUUACGAGCAGAAACGGGUGUUUUGGCCAGAACCAAAGAAAUUCUGGAACAGAGAGAAAAGUCUGUUUCAGAGAGUUUGUCUCUGUUAGAGGAUCAAAAGGGAAUAGGUGGGUUUCAUUCAACACAAGAGGAACUAGAGAAGGUCUCCAGUGUUAAAGCACAGCUUGAUGAAGAAAAAGGUCAUACCUUGGAAGAGAUGUCUACCAUGGUACGAAGAAUAAAUGCCCGAAUAAAUGAGAAAAAGGCUCAUUUGGCUCCAAUAAUUAAAGAAUUGCGGCCACUGAGACAGCAAUGCCAGGAUUUGAAGUAUGAAUAUGACCAGAAAAAAGCAGCAUAUGACUCUCAGUCAGCUGGGCUGGAAAGCAACUUGUCCAAGUUGGAACAGGAGGUCCAGAAUUUGAGAGAGGAGGUAUCAUCAGAAGAGUCUAGAUAUCACUACCUGAAUGCUGCUAUGGAGGUCCUUGAAGAACAUCAGCAGCGUGUGAGCGAGGAGUUAAAAAUUUAUGUAUCCAGUGACCCUCAAGAAAGAAAGAAAUCACUGAGAGAGCAGUAUAAUAAGAAAAUUCAGGAACAAGAAUCACAAGCUAAGAUGCUUCGAGACCAACAGAAGGAAGUCAGGGAUAACCAUACUGGAAGUCAACAUCAGGUGAAGAUGUGGAAUGAUCUCCAGAAACUCUUAGAAUGCAAGAAACAGUGUUGGGAGAACAUGCAGGCUCAACACAGACCUGGAGUUUCAACAGCAGUGUCUGGUGACAGGCUUGUUUUGUGAUUUAAACCACUACUGUUAAAGAAGGCUUGCAGUAAAUUGUAGGAGAGAAGAACAGCACGCAUUAGUAAUUUAUUCUUUUUAAGAAGGUUUACACUAUUAAAUGAGAUAGUGCACAUUGAAAGUAAUCAAACAUUGUUCAUAUAUAUAUUUUUUGGCACCAAUCUCAUAGUAGUGGAUAUUUAUUUUCAUAAUUUUACCAUUGUGUCAUUAGCUGCUUUGUACAUAUAGCUAGUUUAAAACAUUCUAUUUUCUCUUGCAAACUUGGAAAUGAAACCACUUACUAAUUGUAAGAGUAAUUAAGAUUAGAAACUGCUUAUUUUUCUUAGUAUUAUACUUUGUCAAGAUGAUUCAUGCAACAGCUCAGACCUGGGAAAGUUUUAUUUGUAAGGUUGAUUAGGAUGUGAAACCUUAUUUGGGAUCAAAGUAAAAUAAAUACAGUUUCUCAUAAAAAAAGAAUGAUAAUGCAAGGGAUCAAAAAUAUGAAAUAUUUUAUAACUGUUAAGUAAUCAGUUGAAAGAAAAAAGCAUUUCUUAACAGAUAUUUCAUUUUGUUAUAUUAUUAAAAUCUUAAAUUGUUUGAUGGCUAAGAAAACUUUCUUACCUUUCUAAAUUUAUAGGAGACUAAUCUUGUGAAAAGCUUUUUUUUAUAACAUUCUUAGUGCACUGUUUCUGAUGCACAUUAGUAAACAUUGUUUAGGAAUUCAGUAGUUGAACUAAAAAUAGGUUAAACAUGUAAAUACAAUAUAUUGUAUAUUCUCCUGCUCUCAUUAAAAGUAGCCUACAUGAUAUGAAUGUAAUACAAAUACUGCAAAGAACAUCACAAACAUUUGUUAUAUAGAAACCAUGUUUUAAAAAAUGUUCUGCAUAUUGUGAAUCUGUAAGUCUGGCAAGACAAUGACAAACAAAGAAAAUUGUAUAAGUUUGUGUUAAAUGAUUCCUGAAAUAGGUUUAGAAUUUUUUUAGAUUAGUUAGAUGCAUGUGUAAAUCACAAAUAGCUUUAAUUAGUUAAUGAAUGUUUUGUGUACUGUUAAAUGUCUAUAAAAUCUGAAAAUGCUAGUAUUUCUAGUUUUUUAUUUGUCAAUAACACAGAAGAAUAGUGCCUUAAAAGUUUUUGAAUUUAUGAUAACAUCAAACUUGAAUGUAAUACUUUGAGAUACACAGUGCCAUACAUUUAUCUAGUCAGCAAAAGCAAGAAAAAAGUAUUGUAAAUUUAAUGCAUGAUUAUACUUGUGAUAGAAGAAAUUGCCCAGCCAUUUUAACUAAAUAUUAAAAUGUAUGUAUUGGUUAGUAAGGAGUUCAUUUCUUUAUAUUGGUAAUUGUAAUUUUUUAUGCUUUAAAUCUGAAGGUGUUGCUACACAAAAACAGUCUUAGAAUCCCUCCAGUAGACAUUACUGUUAGAUUGAAAGCUGCCAAUCAAUCAAAAGAUGGUUAUUAGAAAAAAACAAAGAAACAAGGCUUCAAGAAAGACAAAACAGGCAUUCUGUUGAAAAGCACGAAUCUUCCACAAUUGAAGAUUGAAUUAACGGAAUGAGGAUUGAAGAUUUCAGUGCAGAAAUAAGAGAUACAUUUUUAUAUAUCAUAUACUGUAGUGAAGUAACACCUAAAGUAAUAAGUGUUUUGAACUCUAUUUUUUCCAAUCAAUGUAAUAUUUAUACCUCUCUAACAAUUGUAAAUGGCAAGCCUAACAUGAUGUUCCCUGGAACAAUAAUUUAGAACUACCUUGUGAAAAGUGCAUAAAAGGCAAGUUAACCUACGUUGUUAUACAGAAUAAUGAUUAUCUGUUUGGUAAACUUUGGUAUCUUCAGUAAAUUUGACUGCGUAAGGUACUUAAUGGAUUCAUUUGUUAUGCCAAAAAUGUUUGUCAUAUAUACUUUAAGUGUAACAAAAUAGAAAAUAAAAUGUCUGAUAUUUAUUUAGGACAUUUUCAGUGAGAGUAUGUGUAAAAAUAAAAAUGAAAAAAAUUUUCAAAUCCAUAUUUUUAGGAACAGAGAAUCAGGCAAACAACUAUAGCAAUUAAUUUGCUGCAACUUAAUGUAACAGGUAUUUGUUUGUGAAGGUAUUUAAUGAUUUUUGCAUACUGAACAAUGCAAAUCCUGAAAUUCCAAGUAAAUGUUAUUUCUGUUGCAAGUACAGUCUCUGUUGCAUUGAGCAUUUUAUUCUGAAUAAUAUGUUUUCCCUAGUCCAAUAAGAUUCUCAGUAUUCACUCUCUUAUUGCAGUUCUUCUGCCUUUGAGAACUGUUUUUACAGAAAGUCCAUUCCUCUUUUUGAAGAAAGAAAGCAAGAAUUGUUAUUGAGAUAUCAUAUGGUGAGAAUAAAUCCAAUACUAUAACUCUUGACCCCCAUGAUAAGAGUCCUCAGGAUCACAUUCUUGUGGUAGAUCUCAAUCUUUUGCUUGCCAGUGGUUUAUUCUACAUAAGCAGGUGUUAGGUGAUGUGUUUACCCAGCUUCUAUAGCUGUUACUAAACUUUGAAUUUGUUUUAGCUCUUGUACACAAAGAAUAUAUUAUGCUGUAUAAUGAGGGCUUUUGCUUGCUUUAUUGAUCUUAGCCAUCUACUUGUGAUCUGAUCUUUGAGAAUUUUGAUUUAAAAUGUGAUUUCACAAAAUCUCUGUGUGGCCACAGACCUAGUUCACUGUCUGUUCAUAAAGUUGAUACUGCCCCUUCAAAUAUUUUCCACAGUCUGUUUGAUUCAAAAAUGGGUUUUGUCAUGUUAGAGUUUUAUUGACAUUAUAAAAAAAAAACAACUGAUUUUCCACACUUGUUUGAUUUGUCCUGCUCCUAUGAUAAAUGAGACAAUAGACUGUCUGAUGCAGCAUAUACAUUACUAUUUGCAUUAUAACUCUAAACCUGUGAAAAAUGGAUUCUUGCUUUGGGUCAUGCAUAAAUUUCUGAACACAAAAUAUUGCCCAUACUAUUGUUUGUGUUGUAAUGUUUUAUGUCCCUUAGUUAACACCUUAUUGUUCAAUUUUUUUAGCAUAAUCCGUAUGUAGUUAUAAAUUAGAUGUUAAUUGAGGUAACCAAGAAAAACUUUUCUUUAUAUCUUGAUUAGAUUAUCACAAAUCUUUGAGAUUAUAAUAAAAAUAAUAUAAAAAUAUAUUCAAACGUCCUACUCUACAAGACACAAGAAAUAUAAACAUAACAAACUGUCAGGCUACCUUACCUACAAGUUCUUAUAUUUUAACUUUUCACACUAAAAUGAGCAAAAAACGUUUGAUACUUAUGUUUCAAUGGACAUUUUUUUCUACUCCAACUAUGUAUUUGUAUAGAAUCUUAUUACUAUGCCCAAUUAUUUUGUGGAAAUUUAUCAGUUGGUAAAUUACUUAGUUACUGAGUAAGCAGUAAAUAUUGCAAUUUUAUUUCAAAACAAACUGUUUAUUACGAAUAGUUUUUUUAUCCAAAGUCAUUUAAAUAAUAUAUUAUGGGGCUAAAUUUCAUAUUAAACAGUUAGUAUGUCUUUGAAACCAACUGUUUUUGGAAUGAAAGUGGUAUUUUAUUGAUGUCUGAUUGACUUAUGUUCAUUGUUUUUUAUGUCAAAUGAUGUCAUGGUUUUACUUCUAAAAUUUAGUUAGGUUAACUUGACUCAUAGGCUUGUUGCUGAAUUAAGUUCACUGUGUGUUUAUCAGUAAUUGGAGAUUUUUUUAAAAAAGAAAUUGGUAACUCACAAAAUUUUGAUGUGAAACUUGGAGCAAAUACUGUCUUUUUUACAAUUCAUUUCAUACAUAAUUGUUUACAUUAAUAAUAAGUUCUGUAGUAGUUGUGCAAUAGAAGAGUUAUCCAUUUUAUCUAAUUUACUUAUGUUAUGCUGGAGGAUGUCUUUACUAGAAAUAACUAAUAAUAAAUCAAUCUAGAAAAUCAAACAAUCUGAGUAAAGAUUUGUGCUUGGGUGGGUGUGUUUUAGCUGAUUAAUAGUAUUGAUAAAGUAAAAACUCAAAGAUUAUUGUUUGUAAGUAGAUUUUAACUGAAAAAUGAAACAAAGAGACUACUACUUUCAGUAGUACUAGUUAGUCAAGCUUAGAAAAAAUUAAGGAAAUAAUUGCAUGAAUGUUUUUAUUAAACAAAAUGGAAGGAACAGGUUGAGAUCAUAAGUGAGUAAUCCACAUAUAGUUAGUUGCAGAACAUUGAAAAACAAGUGAACAUUAUUUAAAAAAUUAAUGAAUUUUUCAGUGAUAGUUGACUGAGAAAAUUUGUUUUAAAUUUUCUUUGGGACCAUUUGUUAAACCUGAAAAGAUUAUUAUAGUUUUGUAGUUGAAGUGAAAUUAUGGGUGUUACUAAUUACUAAUGAAAGAAAAUAUUUGCAGAUUUGACUCGCAAACAAGCAAAAUUAUAGAAACAAGUUUGUAUGUGUGUGUUUAGAAUAUAUAUUUGUAUUCUAACAAAGAGACAAUAAUAUAAAGUUUAUGUAUAAGGUUCCCUGAAUGAGUAACAAGAAGACUUCCCACAGUUCUGUGAUGAGUUAAACUCACUGCAUCUAGUAUUAUCACUUAUGAUUUUUUACUCUCUGUCAAAAGUAUAUUUGUGUAUUAUAGUAGUUUUUUUUUAAUUCUAUUAUAACUACUGAAGUAACAGCAAACAUAUCUAAGUUAGUAAAGAUAGUAAAAUCCAUUAUUUGUAUAGAAACCAAAGAUAAACAGCAAACUUCACAGUUUUAUUGUGCUUAUAAAUUUUUCUGGAAUCGUUGAAGAAUAGGGCAAGCUCUUAUAUAUUAAUGUAGGUUUCACUAUUUCCCCACGUAUAUAUUUAAUGUAUGAGUGAGUCAUUCAUUUAUGAUUGUUAUUUUUUCUGUCCAGUUAUGUGAUACUACGAAGAGAAAUAAAAUUGUUCACUGCUGUUA